AUGUUUAUUCAAAAACAAAGAGCAAAAGAGAUGACCAAGCUCAUGUACCUAGCGGCAACAGCCGCAAUGAUAUUCCACGGAUCGAACGUCGGACAGGCAGCGGAUGACCAGGAGGCCGAAAACGCCCAAGAAUUUGGAGCGCUCUGUAACUUAAUUCAGCUAGCCUCUAAGGGCUUCGAUAGUACAGAAAUAAAAAUUAACAACAAACUAACGGAGCUAGAAACCGACAUACAGCGAGCGGAAAUACUAGCUUACGACAACAAAACAGAAAUCGAAAAAAGGGCAAAGGAAGGCACAGAAGGACUCAAAAAAGGUGACAAGGCGCUACCACAGACUGCGGAUGGCAUAGCAGCAGCACAGAAAAUAAAUGAAACGGCAAAGGCGGCAGCAGCCUUGAUAUCGGCACUGAAGGACAAGAUCAAAAAGGUCGAAGCGGACACGGCCACGGCAAACAAACACCUUUACAAGGCAGUGUGGGGCAAAGAGGAAAAGCCUCCGGCACUCAAACCUGGAGCUGCCCUCUUUGCAGGGGCCAACGCCAGCAGCAUUUUCGGCGACACCAGCUCAAACACACGAACAACCAACUGCGGCGGCAGUCAGUUCAGCUCCCAAAGCGACACGAACGUCGGCAAAACACUAAUUAACGACUUAGUAUGUAUCUGCAUCGACGGCCAAACCGGGAUGAAAAACUGCGCGGCAACACCACACGGCGUAACCACAGCACAGAACAACUUCCGGACGCCACAUAGCGCAAUAAACAGCGCAUGGGACGCACUGAUAGACGAAUGCCCACAAGCGCAAGCGAAAGUCAAUCCAGGUGCGCUACAGGCAGCGCUUACAAGCCUGCUCUCGCUCAUUGGAGGAAACACUCACAGCAAAACAACACCAACCCAAAACAACAAAUACAUUCUCGGCUGGGCAGAUGCGACGGCGACAGGCUGCAACGGCGCGACCAAACAGAUUUGUGUAAACUAUGCACCAUGGAGAAAAACGGCAGCAAACACCGAGAUACGGUGGCAAGAGGAAGUCCGCGAAGCGAUCGAAGCAGCGCCGACAGCAACAACCGAAUCAGACAUUACUGCCACCAUCAACACGCUAACGACAAUGAACCUAAGUGUUUGGCACCUAUAUGAAGCUGGUUUUGCGAGUGCCAGCACAGUGAAAGGCGAACCAACAAAGGAAAAAAUUCCGCCUAUAGCACAAGAAGAAUGCAAUAAGCACAAAUCCAAAAAGACCUGUGAAGAAAAGAAUUGCAAAUGGGAAGCAAAAGGUGGAAAAUCUGAAACAGAAGGAACAUGCAAACCUAAAGAGGGAGAAGGAGAGACAAGUGCAGCUGGAGCAGGAGAUGCAGGAGCAUCAGAUACGGCAGCCAAAAAGUGCUCCGAUAAAAAAAAAGAAGAGGAGUGCAAAUCUCCUAACUGCAAAUGGGAUGGAAAAGAAUGCAAAGAUUCCUCUAUUCUAGCAAACAAACACUUCGCCCUCAUGGUUUCUGCUGCAUUUGUGAGUCUGCUGGAACUUUGA